GUUUAUGACAUUGGCCGUUGUGGUAACUCUAAUCGAUUGGGUUUUUAGGGGAUUUUCCAGAUUAGGGUUUUAUUCACCACCGCGUUACUUAAAUCUCUUUUCAUUUGAUAGUUUGGUGAUAAAUCCAUCCCCAAGUUUGUUUUCGCCGCUUCAAAUCACCGUCUUCUCUCAAUUUUGUAGGAUAGACUCGAUCUAUUUCUUCGAUACAAAGGGCAUGAGAGAAAGAAACGCACACCGCGGAGAACAAUCGGCGGUGGUUCAGUUCCUCGAUACAUCCUUCGGUUUCUUAAACCAGUCUAUCACAGCCAAUACCUCACAUCCAAGGAGCGAGCAGAAUUUGGUCGAUCAUCUACUGAAGAAUGUUGGAAAUAUAUUUGAAAUGUUCUAUUUCUUCCAAAUGUUGAAUUCACAAAUAUUGGCAACAUAUUUACAAAAAGAUAAUGAAGCUUUUGUGACUUUGUGGUGUAUUAGUGUGUGGUGUCCUUUGGUAGUAGAUAGAUGUGAAUCAAUAGACACAUGCUGGAAAGUUAUAAAAGCGGUACUGGAAUUCAUCUUCAAAUCCGAUUCUACCAAGCCAUCUUUAUCUAUGUGGAGAAGGCGGCCGCUUGAAAGCUUUGUCCCAAAGGAAGUAUGUCAUGCAGGAGGAUGGACACUAAGGUCAAGGAAAAAGAUUCGAUAUUUGAUAUGAUAAAACUAUUCUCGGAUGUUGUGAGCAUUCCAAUUAUUGCAAGUACUGGUGCAAGAACUACUCAACAUUUGUUACUUGUUUUUGAAAAGAAAAAUGCUUUUGCAGCAAGGAAAGAGGAGAUGCAAAGGAAAAUCCAAGUAUAGAAGCCACCAAUCCCAUUGAUUCAAAAAGGAGGAAUGGUUCUUCCAUUUAAUCCACUGAUAAUGUCUUUCAACAACGUGCUUUAGCUGCUAAUACCAAUAUGAUUUAUUUGAUUACCCGUAAUCGCAACAUACUUAGAUUUCGAUAUAAUGAUACGUACAUUGUACUUCAUUUGUCACAUAUUGGUAUGUAAAAAAUACAAAUAAAAAACAUUCAUUGUUUACAUCGGUAUAAAGACUAAAGGACAUUGUUACUUCCUGUAUUUUCCCAUG